CUCUCAUUCUUAACCCCUUUAUUCUCUCUCCCCUUAUUUUCCCUUCUGUCGUCUUUCUCCCUGAUCAUUCCUUCUCUGUCUGUAUUCUAGGGUUCUCUGCCCACCCUUCCAUGGUGCUUUAGCGUUUCUUCUUUAAAGAAAGGUUUUUUAAAGCUUGAUUAUUGAUUCAUGAAUGGUUCUAUCACUUCUUGACCUUCUCUCGUGACAAUUUCUCUGUUUUAAUGGAGGCUCUUGUGAAGGAUGAUGUCGAUAAUACUGAAGGGCAUUUGACAUCUGCUGCAGCGUUUGUGGAGGGAGGAAUACAAGAAGCAUGUGAGGAUACUUGUAGCAUAUGUUUGGAGACAUUCAGUGACAGUGAUCCAUCAUCUGUUACCAAUUGUAAGCAUGAAUUCCAUCUUCAGUGCAUACUUGAAUGGGGCCAGAGAAGUUCUAAUUGUCCAAUGUGCUGGCAGCCCAUUAGCCUGAAGAAUCCAUCAAGUCAAGAAUUGUUGGAAGCUGUUGAACAGGAAAGAAAUUUUAGACUUAAACCAUCAAGGAAUGCUACGAUUCUCCAUCAUCUAUCCCUUGGAGAUUUUGAACUACAACAUAUGCAACUGCCAAUUGGUGCAAUUAAUUCUGAACUUGAGGAACGAAUUAUCCAACACUUGACUACUGCUGCUGCUGCAAUGGGAAGAACUGAUCAAAUUUCUCGAAGGGACAGCCCAAGGAACCAAUCAUCUUCUCAUGCACACCCACAAUUUGUUUUAUUUUCAACACCUGUUACUGAUCAUGAAUCUCAAUCUAAUGUGAUCACUAUGAACAGUCCAUCUGUUUCACUUUCUAGUGGACGUUUUGUUCAAGCUGAUCAUAGUUCAGCUUUACCAUCUAAUGUGCUUGAAACUCGAAUUGAUAACAGGAGUUAUACCAUGCCAAGUCCUGAUAGCGCAGGACCUUCAGAUGUUCAGUCUUUUCCGGAGUCUUGGAAAUCUCGAUUCAGUGCAUUGUCAAUGAGGUAUAGAUCUCUAAAUCCACCUUUAGGACAUCUCCAACCUUUCUUCACUAUAAAGAUUAUCUUCAAAGUAAUGUAUGGUAUUUUCCCCAACGUGCUUUAUAUGUGUAUACUCUAUUUUAGAGGUUGUUAAAGUGAUACUCUACUUUAGAGUAUCAAUGUAACUAUGAAGUAUUUCAAUAGAGUAUACAAUAAUUAUGAAAAUACCAUCCUUUAAUAAUUUAUUAUUAUGUAUAUAUAUAUAUAUAUAUAUAUGUAUAUAUAUAUAUAUGUAUAUAUAUAUAUAUAUAUGUAUAUAUAUAUAUUUAUAUAUAUAAUGAUUGAGUUGAAAAAAUAGAUAAAUAGAGAGUAUAUGGGUUGGUGAAGAUUUUUGAAAAUAGAGAUUGUUGCACGCUAUAAGUGUAUGAAAAAUAGAGUUUGUGGUUGGAGAUGAUCUUAGAUGGUGGUUUUAUUACCUGUUCCAACUAUAUUAUUAUUUUUAUUUAUCUUCCAAAAUUCAUUACUAUCUUGCAACUAAGAUACAAAGAAUCACUUUCAAAGAGCACAAGAGGAUGGAAGGAGAGGCUGUUCUCUAGGAACAAUUCCAUUUCAGAGUUUGGAUCUGAUGUUAGGAGAGAGGUAAACACUGGGAUUGAAGCCAGUGAAGAUAAUGGUCAUUCAAUACCACAAAAUUCAGACAAUUCUUCAAUUACCGAACAACAGAACCAGGGAAAUAACCAAACUCAUCAGUCUCUUCGUAUGGAACCACUAAGCAAUGGUGGCCAGGCCACAACUUUAGCUUCAAGUUCAUUAAUAAAUUAAUGCUCCACCCAUAAUUUCUUUACCGGUCCUCAGCAUUUCAUUUUUGAAGGUAGAUCAUACUCCAGAUAUGACAUUCUGAGGGCCCUGAAGCUUUUCAUUUUUAGCUAAGGUGUUGCUGAACCGGAGGAUGUAUGUAUGAUUCCCCCAGCCACCCUCUGGUUGGUUCUACAUUAGAAAAAUGUAAUUGGCAGAGGGGGAGACCUUUAUAUUUCAAUGGAUGAUGUAUUAAAGUUGCUGUAACAUAACAUAUGUAACAUAUUUGAAUUGGCUAUAAUUUUAUCAGUUCAUGAUGUUGCUAUCUACUUUUUGUACUCUGUAAAUUGUGACAUAAUUCUUACUAGUGCUUGAAGAUUCAGAAAUAUAUAAUAGCCCUUAUUAUGAUUUU